AUGGCUUCCAAACGGAAAGCAGCCGCGAUGGCACCCGCGCCAGAAGAGCCUAUCGAUCCCGCGGAUGAGUUAAUGUUCUUGUGUUUAGGAGGAGGUAAUGAAGUUGGCAGAUCAUGUCAUAUUCUUCAAUACAAGGGCAAGACUGUAAUGCUUGAUGCCGGUAUGCAUGCUGGUUACGAAGGUCUAGCUGCCUUGCCAUUCUACGACGAUUUCGAUCUGAGCACUGUCGAUGUCCUUCUGAUCAGCCAUUUUCAUGUCGACCAUGCGGCAUCACUACCGUACGUGCUGGCAAAGACCAAUUUCAAGGGAAGAGUCUUCAUGACACAUCCAACAAAAGCCAUUUAUAAAUGGCUCGUGUCCGACAGUAUUCGCGUAGGGGGAAACACAUCUAAGUCACAGCCAAUGUUCACAGAAGAAGAUCAUCUGGCUACCUUUCCUCAAAUCGAGGCUAUCGAUUACCACACCACGCACACAAUAUCGUCCAUACGCAUUACACCAUAUCCUGCGGGCCAUGUACUGGGUGCAGCAAUGUUUCUCAUUGAAAUCGCCGGACUCAAGAUUUUUUUCACGGGGGAUUACUCGCGCGAAAAUGAUCGACAUCUUGUUUCUGCUGAGGUUCCAAAGGGAGUGAAAAUAGAUGUGUUGAUCACCGAGUCAACGUAUGGCAUUGCAUCUCAUAUACCCCGGACAGAGAGAGAACAUGCUCUUAUGAACUCGAUUACCAGUAUUCUCAACAGAGGUGGUCGAGUCUUGAUGCCUGUCUUUGCUCUUGGGCGUGCUCAAGAACUUCUCUUAAUUUUAGACGAGUAUUGGGGCCGACACCCCGAGUUCCAACGAGUACCCAUCUACUAUGCCAGUAAUCUAGCCAGGAAAUGUAUGCUUGUUUAUCAAACUUACGUAGGAGCCAUGAACGACAAUAUCAAAAGACUAUUCCGAGAACGGAUGGCGGAAGCAGAAGCAUCAAACGAUACUGCUGGGAGAGGUGGCCCUUGGGAUUUUAAAUAUAUUCGUUCAUUGAAGAACCUCGACCGAUUCGACGAUGUUGGCAGUUGUGUUAUGCUUGCAAGUCCUGGUAUGCUCCAGAAUGGUGUUAGUAGGGAAUUGCUAGAGAGAUGGGCUCCGAGCGAAAAGAAUGGGGUUAUCAUAACUGGUUACAGUGUUGAGGGUACCAUGGCGAAGCAGAUAAUGCAGGAACCGGAAACAAUUCAAGCAAUCAUGACGCGCAAUACUGCACUUGCGACCAGGAGAGGACCAGCAGCUGAUGGAGACAAGGUUAUGAUACCACGUCGUUGCACGAUUCAAGAAUAUUCCUUUGCAGCGCACGUAGAUGGAACUGAGAAUCGAGAGUUCAUCGAAGAGGUUGCAGCACCAGUAGUAAUUUUGGUUCACGGCGAGCAGCAUAAUAUGAUGCGCUUGAAAUCAAAGCUGUUAUCGUUAAAUGCUGACAAGACUACAAAGGUCAAGGUCUACAGCCCGCGCAAUUGUGAAGAAGUGCGCAUUCCGUUCAAAGCCGACAAAAUUGCCAAAGUCGUUGGAAAGCUUGCGGCGAUUCCUCCACCUUCUGCGGAGGAAAGUCAAUCCCAGCUAUUGACAGGAGUCCUCGUUCAGAAUGAUUUCAAGAUGUCUUUGAUGGCACCGGAAGAUCUGAGGGAAUAUGCUGGAUUGACUACGACAACAAUUACCUGCAAACAACGCAUGACUUUAAGUGCUGCAGGUAUUGACUUGAUCAAGUGGGCUUUACAAGGCACUUUUGGUAGUAUCCAGGAGAUUACCGAGAGUCAGCCAACAAAUGGCACAAAUGGUGAUUCCAACAUGAAUGAAUCAGAAGAACCAGUAGAAGAAAUCGUACGGAAAUCAACUGCAUACCUGGUCAUGGACUGUGUAACCGUCCGUCACAGCAGCAAUGGCGAGGUAGAACUAGAAUGGGAAGGCAACAUGCUAAACGACGGCAUCGCCGACGCAGUAAUGGCCGUCCUCUUCUCGGUGGAAAGCAGUCCCGCAGCAGUAAAACAAUCAUCAAGCAAACAUCCUCAUACCCACGCCCUCCCCUCUCGCAACCCUCACGCCAACCUCUCACCCACCGAACGUCUCGAGCGACUCUUCAUGUUCCUCGAAGCCCAAUUCGGCGCCGACAACCUGACACCGAUCGCCACACCCAAAGACGGCGACGACGAGGAAGAGAUUCAGAGAUUGCAUAAAAUUGGUAUUCCGGUUCCUGGCGUGGAGAUUAAGGUUGAUAAGAUGGUUGCAAAGGUUUGGCUGGAGGAUUUGGAGGUUGAGUGUGGGAACCGUGUUUUUGGGGAUAGGGUGAAGGCGGUGGUGGAGAGGGCUGUGGAGGUUACGGCGCCGUUGUGGGCGUGA